GUACAGGAAGAUUUCUGCGCACCCGGAGAGCAUGAGGAUGGUUGCGCGCGCGCGCGCGCGGUGCACAGGACACGGCGACGGUUGCGAGCGCGCGGGGCAUGUGGAUGUCUGCAUGCGCGCGCGCGCGAUUGAGAUUGCGCACUCGCACAGGGCAUGAGGCUGUCUGCGCGUCCGCGCGCGCGAUUGCGUGCGCGCACAGGACAUGAAGAUAAAGGCCGCAAGUGGGUGCGCGCGCGCGCGCGCGAAAGACCUAAAAUUCUGCGCCCGUGCUCACACACACAAAAAUCUGAGUGCGCCCGCAAAACUCACAGCCGUACGCGUUGGCUUUUGGGCCCGGCUCGGCCACACGAAAACGCGCCGCGUCAUUGUGCCUGGCGCGCUGAAAAUGGGCGCCGAAGCUGCCAGUGCUCGCCCUGAAGCUGAACACAGAGGGCCCC